ACUUGGAACUCUCUUAAAACAAUGAAAUCUAAAUCGAGAUUCUAAUUGAAUUCCAUUCAAAGAUUUAGAUAACACACGACGCUACGACUGCAAUUAAGUUAAAAUCAACAAUAACAAAUGAUUAACGUUGCCGCGAAGUAUUAUCAUCGAAGAUGUAUGGACUAUAAAACGUUCAUCGCAAAAAUAAUUAAGUAAAUUUAUAAGGCGCGUCGACGAUGUCAACGAGCACACCGACGCCCAACGUCGCCUGGAAAAACGCCGCGCCGGGCCGUUUUGACGUCAUCUAAAACGAGGUCACUAUGGCAACGACGUUGUCACGUAGUACGUCAGCCUCUAACUGCUGUUGCUGUUCGUUUCGACUUCAUACGCCAAUCGACUUAAAGAGAAGUUUAGAAGUUUAAAAAACACGUGUUUCGACGAAAUAGGAUGUGGUGUCCAAGCAGAAAAAAAUGUAUUUGUUUUCGAUCAUCUCAACCUUACAAACUAGCCAAAAAAAUGUAAAGUAGAGGAAUUUCCACUAUCAUUCUCUGUCUUGACUUCACAAUAUUACAUUGAUUAUGUCAUUAUAAAAUGACAUUGAUGCCGUCAUAGGGCACGUUUUUCAAUUUUUCUAAACAAUCAUUGUCGAACAGCUGUUACAAAGUGGGCCAAAAUCACGUAGAGACCGUAUUGUACAACCUAACCUUAUAUUUCAAAAAAAAACGGAAUUGUUUUUAGUAUAAAUUUUGUGUUAACGAUGACUCAAAGACCCAAAGGGUCUAAUAUGAAUUUGCCAAACCUGACACCAGAAUUGCACGCUACAAAGCAUUCGAAAAGAGGCAAACCAAAUUUGUCGGUACCUUCCACAGCGACACCUUCCCAGCAUAGACAUAGAGAGCGUUAUGUUUCUGGAAGCGCGAAAUCAGAAUAUUCUAACAACCAUCUGAUUAGAGGCAACGCUACUGCCAAGCAACAAAAUAUUCCCUCUCCAGGCAGUCCUAUUGAUGUAAUUCAAUAUAGUGCGUCCAACGAUUCGCCACUUGUGGAAGUAACGGUUAAACAUUCAAAUAUGCCAAAACAACGUUCAAAGUCGACGGUGAGCGGACGUGAACCUUGGGCGCACCUGUUAAAAAAUCAAAAAACAGGCGGCAACCAGUCUGUUUUUAGUAAUUUUGAUCCUUUGAGGACUUUACACUUUUUGGCCAAAGAGCUUCAAAUUCAUUUGCAAGCUUUGCUACCUAAUGAAAGAAAUGUUCAAGAAAUAGUGACAGCUAUACAAGGUGCUUUGAAAAGAGUGCCACCUGAAGUGGCCUCGACAAUACAUCUACAACAGACCAUUGAGUUGCUUCCUAAUGUUAGAAAGAGUGCCAGUUUGUACACACUUGAAAGUGACAUACCAGUAAGUUGGGGUGGCUAUAUAAUAACAUUACAAAACUGGACAUCAAUUUUAAAGGAGAAGCUUUCGAAACCCAUGAUAGAAAAAAGUGUCCAAACCGAUUGGUACGACCAUGAAGAAGAGGAAUUGUAUAGAACACUGAUGAGAGAAAACACUAUAAAACUCGAAGCGAGCUGCCGUCAUUUGGAGCAAAUUGGCUGCCAACUGAAAAAUGAUAAGAUUUACUUGGAAACUCAACUGCAAAAUGAACGUGCGAGCUUGGAAUUUUUUAAACAAAGGGUUGAGGACUUGGAGGAUCUAAACCGGAACCUUCUGCAAAAAGUCUCAAAGAGGGACGAGGAGUUAAGAACGCUUCAGGUUGAAGCAACAUCCCUUAGAUCUGAGUUAGAGGGUGUCAAAUCAACUACUUCUCUCUUGGAAGGGCUGAAACAGUCUAAAACGUGUUUGGAACAAGAGAUAACGAAAGUUAAGCACCAGCUGCGUCUGUGCUCUUUGGAAAAGGAGAAGUACGCGGCUAUUUUGACCAUCAGAAAUCGGCAAAUCGGUGAAAUCAGAAGCGAAAUGACCCAGCUUCAGGAAGUGGUCAAUGAUUUGCUGGUAGAAGUCAACAGCAACGCCACGGCGAUGGCGCCAAGAGAUGGUGCAGUCGCUUGGAAUGGCGAAACAAAUAAGGAAAAUAUGGAAAUGGAUUCCAUAUCUAGCAUACAUGGAGAAGAUGGAAGAGAUAUGCAAUCGGGAGAUACCCAACAAUAUAGAGGGCGCAAGUUUGGGUCUGAGACCAUGGUUAAUAUAAGGGACAUGUUCAACGAAUAUAAGAAACAAGCGGACGCCCUAAUGAACCCUACCGGAACAAAGGGAUGAGUUUUCUGAUUUUUUUAACA